AUGGAGGAACAACACAUAGAAGAGGUGAAAUCAUUCAAAGAGCUUAAUAUAUGUGAGUCCUUAAUUGAAGCUUGUGAUAGAUUAGGAUGGACUGCUCCUACUAAAAUUCAAGCCGAUUCCAUUCCUCAUACUCUUGAAGGAAAGGAUAUAAUUGGGCUUGCACAGACUGGGUCUGGUAAAACUGGGGCUUUUGCAUUACCCAUAAUUCAGGCUUUAUUGGAUGAAAAAUCACCUCAGCCUUUCUUCGGUUGCGUGCUUUUGCCAACUCGGGAGCUUGCAAUCCAAAUUUCUGAACAAUUUGAAGCUCUAGGAGCUAGCAUUGGAUUAAGAACUGCAGUGCUUGUUGGUGGAGUGGACAUGAACCAGCAACAACUUGCUCUUGGAAGACGGCCUCAUAUCGUAGUGGGAACGCCUGGACGCCUUAUGGAUCAUUUGACUAAUACCAAAGGUUUUUCACUUCGUACCUUGAAAUAUCUGGUGUUGGAUGAGGCUGAUAGAUUGUUGAAUCAGGAAUUUGAAAAGGCACUUGAUGAUAUUUUAAAAGUUAUUCCUGUUAAUAGGAGGACUUAUCUGUUUUCUGCCACUAUGACAAACAAGGUCAAAAAGCUUCAAAGGGCUUGUUUAAGGGACCCCGUGAAGGUUGAGUCAGAUUCAAAAUAUUCUACUGUCGACACUUUGAAGCAGCAAUAUCUUUUUGUACCUGCUAAAAACAAGGAAUGCUAUCUUGUAUAUAUUUUGACGGAGAUGUCUGGUAGUACUAUGGUUUUCACUCGUAAAUGUGAUUUUACAGGCCCGUUAGCACUCAUGCUUCGUAACCUUGGUUUUAGGGCGGUUGCCAUCAAUGGCCGCAUGACUAUGGCAAACCGACUUGGGGCACUAAACAAGUUCAAAGCUGGUGAUUGCAGUAUUCUCAUUUGCACCGAUGUAGCAAGUAGAGGGCUUGAUAUUCCUGCAGUGGAUAUGGUGAUAAAUUAUGAUAUUCCCUCCAAUUCCAAGGGUUACAUUCAUAGAGUAGGGAGAACAGCACGUGCUGGAAGGUCAGGGGUUGCCAUCUCAUUAGUAAAUCAGUAUGAGCUUGAGUAUUUUCUGCAGAUAGAGAAUUUGAUAGGUGAGCAACACUUCAAUAUUUGUGACAUGCAUUAA